AAUUACAUCAAUCCAUUCUUGCCAACACCCACCUUCUUCCCCAGCGCCCUUCUUCCCAACCGCAGGCAGCAAUCACCUUCGACGACAAAGACUAUCCUCUCUAAAUUCACAUCAAUUCCUAUCCAGUGCCUUUUUUUUUCUUCUUCUUCCCAGUUCAAUUUUUUCAGAUUUGAAAUUGAAUGAUAAGUGGCUAUCCAGUGCCUUCUUCUUGUUCCCAAGUUUCAAUUUAUUCAGAUUCGAAAUUGAGAGAGAAGUGGAGAAUAUAGAAGAGUGCGACAAACAGAGAAGAGAGCGACAAACACGGUAAGAAUGAAAAGAAUUUGGGCUGAUAGUAUUUCUAUCCAAUGAAUAGAGAUACGAUCAAACCAUCUCAUCUUUUGAGUCGUUUGGAGGACAUUCUGGACUCUGAUCCUCUCAUUGAUGAAGUGGGGUUUAUUGACCCAUCUCAGUUUGCUACAUUCAAUGAAGAGGUCCACAAUUCUCCUUCUCCAUCUUCUAGAGUUGUUAAUGAGUUUGUCGAUGAAAUCAGCACACCGUCGCAAAAGGCUAGUAGUUUGGACAAUUUAUUUUGGCACAGGGAACAUAAGCUGGGCAUCUCUACCCUUGUUCUAGCUCCAUUGUAUAAUGAAGCUAAACAAGCAUUCAUGGAUGCUUAUAAGAGAUAUAGAUUGUUGAGUGAUUCUCAAACUAAAAAUGAUGAAACAUUAUGUAAAAAUGCUUUGGAUUGUUCAACAUCAAGUGCUGAAGGUGAAGUUAUGAGACAUAGUAGAGCACUUCUUCUGUUGAGCUGUGAUUUUGGCACAGCAUGGAAUUCCAGGAAGUUAAUUGUGUCGAAGAAGCAAUUGUACCCAAUGCUUAAGGAUGAACUACUCUUAUCAACUUUGGUUUUGUCAUAUUCACCAAAAAGUGAACGUGCAUGGAGCCACAGGAGGUGGGUGAUCAAGAUAGUGUCUGGGAAUUGUGUAAACCUGCAAGACAUAGUAGAAAGAGAAUCAAAUCUAGUGAAAUCCCUAGCAGAGAGGUCUAAAAUGAAUUACCGUGCUUGGAAUCACCGGUGCUGGUUAGUAUCCUACAUGUCAGAUUCACAGGUGUUGCUUGAACUGAUGAAUUCUCAAGAGUGGGCGGCCCAUCAUGUUUCUGAUAAUUCUUGUUUCCAUUACCGAGCUCGGUUAUUGCUCCAGAUCAUGGAGAAUUCACAGCAUAAUGAUACAGAUGGUUUGUCCAGGACAAGAUUACAUCGAAUAUGGAAGGAGGAACUAGAUUGGGUUCGGAUGUUGAUACAACGUUUUGUGGGAAGAGAGGCUUUAUGGCUUCAUCGGAGGUUCCUCUCACUGGUGUGGAUCAAACAACUAGCAGUCGAUCACCAAACCAAAUGUUGUCACUCUAGUUGCGAGACUUGCGACAUUAGUUUCUUUAUCGGAAAUGAACUAAAACUAUUUGAUUCUUGCGCAAUCAUCCCGGAUGUUAAUUUUGGGGACUAUCAAGAGCAGGCAACCCAUGCUGCAGCAUAUAUUCUGUGGCUUACCAAGCAACUUCCAAUGCUUUUCCGGGAAGAGCUUAAAAAAGGCUCACAUUAUGAGUCGCUCAAAACACUGGUGGAUGACGCAGGAAACCGCUGCCUUUGGGAUUCUGUUACUGCAUUCGGUGAUUUACAUUAAUAAAUGUUCAUUUGGCAAUACCUUGUGUGUCCCUGUUAAUGGUGAGUUGUUUUGAUCUUGUUGAAAGGCCUUGCGGAAAAAUAUAUAUAUAUAUAUAUAUAGAGAGAAAAAAAAAAAAACCCGGAUGUUGAUUAGUCCUAAUCAGUACAUAAAAUAUAAUCUGUCAGCACUCGUGUGUGGAUUAUUAGCAUGUAUUGUCUAUUUUAUUACAUAUAUAUAUAUAUGUGUGUGUG